UAAACAUACAUUAGCUUUGUGGAAUAUCCUUCUGCACACGACACUUACAUGAUGGUUUUAAAACCCAGCUGAUCACCGAUUCCAUUCACUUGUGAAAAAACAGACAUGUCUGAAACAAGAGGAAAGAUCAUUCAGUGCAAGGCUGCUGUUUGCUGGGAGCCAAGACAACCUCUCUCUAUUGAAACAGUAGAAGUAGAACCACCAAGAGGAGGAGAAGUUCGUGUGAGGAUUGCAUUCACUGGAAUCUGUCACAGCGAUGCUCAUAUAUUGAACGGGUGUAUAGAAGCUAAGUUACCUGUCAUCCUUGGUCACGAAGCUGCGGGCGUUGUGGAAAGUGUUGGGGAAGGCGUGACUAAUUUUCAAGAAGGUGACCAUGUCAUUGCGAUGUUCCUCCCAGAAUGCAACCAGUGUAGGUGCUGUACUAGUGGGAAAACUGGUACUUGUGAAGUAUUUAUGGACAAGAACUAUGCCAAUGGUUUAUUAAUGGACGGGACAUCUAGAUUCAGCAUCAGAGGGAAAACUGUUUACCAUUUUUUCGAUACCAGUACCUUCAGUCAGUAUACUGUGAUACCAGCUAUCUCGCUCGUAAAGGUCAACCCGGUUGCACCACUGGAGAAAAUAUGUUUACUUGGUUGUGGCAUACCUACUGGAUAUGGUACUGCCGUUAAUACAGCUCCGGUGAAACAAGGAUCCGUCUGUGCAGUGUGGGGACUGGGGUGUAUUGGAUUGGCAUGUGUUAUGGGGUGUAAGGCUGCAGGAGCCGCCCGUGUCAUCGGAGUAGAUAUCAAUGCAGACAAGUUCGAAUUAUCUAAAAAGUUUGGAGUGACAGAAGCAGUCAAUCCUUUGGACUAUGAUAAACCAAUCAACGAGGUACUUAAAGAGAAAACUAAUGGAGGACUAGACUUUGCCUUUGAAUGUGUCGGGACCACUAAAACAAUGGAGCAAGCAUUUAUGUCAUUGCACAAAGGUUGGGGUAAACUGUGUGUCGUCGGAUUAGCCCCCGAUGGAGAUAUCAUUAAAGUACCACCUUUUGAACUGUUAUACGGAAGGAGCAUUACUGGAGCACUGUAUGGAGAUCACAGACGUGCCAAGCAAGUCCCUGAGCUCGUAAACAAAUACAUGAGAGGGGAAAUAUUGAUUGACGAGUUUAUUACCCACACUAUGCCUCUGGAUAGGAUAAAUGAAGCUUUUGAUCUCCAGAGAGACGGAAAGAGUCUCAGAUCCGUUGUAACAAUGUAGAAACAGUUUACACAACGUCGCUGUGACUUCAUAGUCCACUGGAUAUACUAGUAGACGAUUUCAUAUAUUUGUGUUGAGUUAGAACUAGAUAAACAACUUACAGUGCAGCUCAAAUUUUCUUGAUCGAAACCUUCUCUUCACAUACCAUUUUUGGAUUCAUCCCAAAUUGUUGCAUUUUAGUAGCAUUGAGAAACUAUUUGGUUUUUUUCACUCGAUAUACUGUUAACAUAAAAUCAUGGUUAUCGAGAUUACCAAAGUUAAGAGUUAUCAACUUAGUUCAAGAACCGAAAAUAAACUCAUAUAAUUAUGUAGCAUUGUAAGCUUUAUGUAAAUCUUAUAUUCGUAUAUACAUGCUGUUGUUUUUAUAAAGUUAGAUGCUGAUAAUAAAUAACCGCAAAAUGCGAA